GUUUAAAGUUAACUAUUCAUGAAGCGCCAAUUAACUGAUCAUCUUUAACCAUCAACAAUUAAUCAUUCCCUUUACAUGAUCAACUCUGUCUCUCGAAUUAGAAAUAAUUUAAUUGAUACAAUUGGAUUACAAUCGAAAAAUUAUUUUCCAAUCAUCAGGCGUGACCAUCAAAUUGAUUAGAUUUAAGUGUGAAUUUUAACCUGUUUUUUUUCUUGUGUCUCUCUGUUACCUGUCUUUGCUUGAUUUACUUGUGAUACCUGAAGUUAAUUAAAGGUUAAAACAAUUAAAAAUGACUACCGAUAUUUCGGUUGGUCCCCGUUGGGACCCGGUGACCCAACAAGAAAUUCUCAUGGAAGAUUAUGAAUACGAUGGUGGAAACUCUUCGUCCAGAUUGUUUGAAAGAUCAAGAAUCAAAGCAUUAGCUGAUGAAAGAGAAUCAGUACAGAAAAAGACCUUCACUAAAUGGGUCAACUCACACCUAGUUCGAGCUAACUGCCGCAUUAAUGAUCUAUACGUUGAUUUACGUGAUGGUAAAAUGUUACUCAAACUGUUAGAAAUUUUAUCAGGUGAACGUCUACCCAAACCAACAAAGGGUAAAAUGAGGAUUCAUUGUUUAGAAAAUGUUGACAAAGCUUUACAAUUUCUUUUGAGAGAACAACGAGUUCACCUGGAAAAUAUGGGCUCUCAUGAUGUUGUCGAUGGUAAUUCAAGAUUAACUCUUGGUUUAAUUUGGACAAUUAUCCUUAGAUUCCAAAUUCAAGAUAUUAUGGUUGAAGAGGUUGACAACCAGGAAACAAAAUCUGCCAAAGAUGCACUUCUUUUAUGGUGUCAAAUGAAAACUGCCGGCUAUCAUAGUGUCAAUGUGCGAAACUUUACAACUUCUUGGAGGGAUGGGUUAGCAUUUAAUGCUCUCAUUCAUAAACAUCGUCCUGAUCUCAUCCAAUAUGACAAAUUAAGCAAAGCCAAUCCUAUUCACAAUCUCAACAAUGCUUUCAAUGUUGCCGAAAAAGAGCUUGGUCUAAUGAGACUACUUGACGCUGAAGAUGUUUACACCGAUAAUCCCGAUGAGAAAUCUAUCAUUACCUAUGUAGUAACUUAUUACCACUACUUCUCCAAGAUGAAGGCAGAAACUGUACAAGGUCGUCGAAUUGCUAAAGUUGUCGGUGAAGCCAUGGAAACCGAUAGAAUGGUUGAUGACUAUGAAAAAUUGACCUCUGACCUAUUGAAAUGGAUUGAAGAAACAAUUGAUACCCUUGGUGAUCGACAGUUUACCAACAGUCUACAAGGUGUUCAACAACAACUUCUCCAAUUUAACAAUUACCGAACUAUUGAGAAACCUCAGAAAUUUGAGGAAAAAAGUAAUCUGGAAAUGUUAUUAUUUUCUCUUCAAUCAAAGAUGCGAGCAAAUAAUCAGAAAGCUUAUACACCAAAAGAAGGUAAAAUGAUUUCUGAUGUCAACAAAGCCUGGGAGCGGUUAGAGAAAGCUGAACAUGAAAGAGAAUUGGCAUUAAGAGAAGAACUUAUUCGCCAAGAGAAGCUUGAGCAACUUGCUGCCCGAUUUGAUCGUAAAGCUGGAAUGAGAGAGACAUGGCUGAGUGAGAAUCAAAGAUUGGUUUCUCAAGAUAACUUUGGCUAUGAUCUUCCGGCAGUUGAAGCUGCUGCUAAGAAACAUGAAGCAAUUGAAACUGAUAUCUUUGCUUAUGAAGAAAGAGUUCAAGCGGUUGUUGCUGUUGCUCAGGAAUUAGAAGCUGAAAAUUACCAUGAUAUUGAUCGAAUUAAUGCCCGAAAAGACAAUGUUCUACGUCUAUGGAAUUAUCUUCUUGAAUUACUUAAGAAUCGGCGAACUCGCCUGGAAAGUGCUUUGUCUCUACAACAAGCUCUUCAAGAAAUGUUAUACAUUGAAGAUGAUAUGAAAGCUCUCAAAAGUCGCUUCGAGUCACCAGAUUAUGGUAAACAUCUCAUGGGCGUUGUUGACCUACUCCAGAAGCAUAGUUUAUUAGAGGCUGAUAUCCAUGUAAUUGGUGAACGUGUCCGCCUAAAUACCCAAUCAGCUAAAAGGUUUAUUGAAAACUUUGAAGUUACUGGAUAUAGACCAAUGGAACCUGAAGCAAUUCAACAUCGCAUCAAAAAAUUGGAAUCAUCUUAUGCUGAAUUAGUUGCUCUUGCUGAUCAACGUAAAAAUCGACUUGAAGAAUCCAAGAAACUUUGGCAAUUCUAUUGGGAUAUGGCAGAAGAAGAGGCUUGGAUUAAAGAGAAAGAGCAAAUUCUUUCCUCAGCUGAGAUUGGUCACGAUUUGACAACCGUCCAUCUUUUAAUUAGCAAAAAUAAGGCUCUUGAAGAUGAAUUAGGUGCACAUGAACAUCAACUUCUUAAUGUAAUUCGUGCUGGUGAAGAUUUAAUUCAUGCAGGACACUUUGGCUCUGAAGAGAUUAGUCAACGUAUUAAAGAGAUUGAAGAUUUGUGGGACAAAUUGAAGGAACUUCAAGCAUUAAGAACAUCCCGUCUAACAGAGGCAAUUGAAUAUCAUCAAUUCUUUACCGAUGCUGAUGAUGUCGACGCUUACAUGUUAGAUUCAGCUAAAUUGAUCUCAAGCGAAGAUGUUGGUUUUGACGAGCCUCACGCACAAGCUCUGUCAAAGAAACAUAAUGAGGCAGCUGAAGAAUUGAGAAAACACGAAGCUGUCAUUGAAAGUCUUAAAGAGCAAGCCCGUAAUUUGGGUGUUGCAGAUAGAGAGGCACCCGAAGUAUUAGAAAGAUUGGCAAUAAUUGAUUCUCGUCACAAAGAUCUUAAUGAACUUGCCAAGAUGAGAAAAUCUCGUCUUGGUGAUGCCAUCUCAUUAUUUAAAUUAUUUACUGAAGCCGAUGGUGUUGAACAAUGGAUUGCAGAAAAAGAGAAAAUGCUUGAUUCAAUGAGCUUAAAUCGUGACAUGGAAGAUAUUGAAGUAAUGAAACAUCGUUUCGAAACAUUUGACCAAGAAAUGAAUGCAAACGCCUCUAAAGUGGCCGCUGUCAAUCAAAUCGCUCGACAAUUACUUGCAGUUGAACAUCCAGACUCUGAAAAGAUAGUUUCAAGACAGAAUCAGCUAAACCAAAGAUGGGCUGAACUUCGAGAUAAGGCUGAAAAGAAGAGAGAAGAAAUUGAUUCUGCUCAUGGAGUUCAAACUUAUCAUAUUGAAUGCCGAGAAACUAUUACCUGGAUUGAAGAGAAGACUAAACUUCUUCAAGCUACUGAAGAACUUGGUGAUGAUUUAACUGGAAUAAUGACCUUACAACGACGUCUUAGUGGCAUGGAAAGAGAUCUUGCCGCUAUUGAAGAUAAAUUGAAUACACUUGAAAAUGAGUCUGAAAAGAUUCGACGUGAUCAUCCUGAAGAGGUUCCAUUGAUUGAAGAAAGAACAGCACAAAUACGUUCAGUUUGGGAUAAAUUAACUCAAGUAUUAAAGGCCAAAGAGACUAAAUUGGAAGAAGCUGGUGACCUACAUCGUUUCUUACGAGAUCUUGAUCACUUCCAAGCUUGGCUUACAAAGACUCAGACUGAUGUCGCUUCUGAAGAUACACCCACAAGUCUUGCUGAAGCAGAAAAAUUAUUAAAUCAACAUAAACAAAUUGAAGAUGAAAUAAGAAAUUACACCGAAGAUUACAAUUCUAUGAUGGAAUAUGGAGAGAAAGUUACUCAAGGACAAACUGAUCCACAAUAUAUGUUCCUCCGAGAGAGACUAAGAGCCUUGAAGAAUGGUUGGGAGGAGCUGCAUCAAAUGUAUGAAAACCGACAGCUCUUCCUGUCACAGAACCUUAAUUUGCAAGUGUUCUAUCGUGACGCCAAACAAGCAGAAGUAUUGCUUAGUCAACAAGAAAACUUCUUAUCCAAAGAUGAGACACCAACUAGUCUUGAACAAGCAGAAGAACUUUGUAAAAGACAUGAUGCUUUCGAAACAACAAUGGAAGCCAAUGAUGAGAAAAUCAAUGCCGUCAUCAAAUUUGCCCACUCACUUUGUGAAAAUAAUAUCAUCAACGCUGAUAAAGUUCGUAGAAAGGCUGAUGAUAUUGCAGCUAGACGUGACUCUAAUCGCCGAAGAGCCGAUGAAUAUGCCGAUAAAUUGAAAGAUGAACUUCGAACCCAACAGUUUCUACAAAAUGUUGAGCAGCUACAAGAUUGGAUCCAAGAGAAAUACAUCAUUGCCCAAGAUGAAACUUACCGAAGCGCUAAAACAAUUCACUCUAAAUGGACUCGUCAUCAAGCCUUCGAAGCUGAAAUUGCUUCUAAUAAGGAUAGGCUCGAUGAUGUAAUGCAAGGAGGUCAAGAACUUGUAAGAGAAAAACCUGAGCUUAUUAAUGUGAUUCAACCUAAACUUGAUGAGCUACAAAAUUCAUUCGAUGCCCUUGAAAAGACUACCAGAAAAGGUUCUCGUCUGUUUGAAGGUAAAAAGGAGGAGCUCUGUGUUCAUGCUUACGAUGAGCUCGAUGAAUGGAUGCGAUCAUUGGAGAGUCAAGUUAUGCAGCCAGAAACUGGUCAAGAUUUGACAACAGUUAAUCAUUUCCUUCAGAAGCAGCAAAAUAUUGAACAACAAAUUGAAACCAAAUCCAAGCAGCUUAAUGAAUUGGAAGCUAUUGCAAGUAAAUUCGAGAAAAUUGAUCCAGCUAAAAAGGAAGUUAUUCAAGCUAAGAAGGCAGUUGUUGUCGAAAAGUUCCAGAAACUUCAAGCUCCUCUGGAAGAAAAGAAGAAGGAAUUGAUGAAGAAAAAAGAAGCCUUCCAAUUCCGACGAGAUGUCGAGGAUGAGAAACUCUGGAUAAAAGAGAAAGAACCUCUUGCCACUUCAACCGAUUAUGGUAACAGUUUAUUCAGCGUUCAAAUGUUGAUCAAAAAGAAUCAAUCACUUCGAACUGAAAUCGAUAAUCAUGAACCUCGAAUUAAAAACAUUUGUGACAAUGGAAAUAAAUUAAUCAAAGAUGGUCAUGCUGAUUCAGCUGAAUUUGAAAGAUUAAUUGAUGAAUUACUAAGCGAUUGGGAGGAUCUUAAGAACAAAAUGGAUCAUCGUCGCAAUAAACUCCUCGAAUCUGAGAGAGCACAACAAUACUACUUUGAUGCAUCCGAGGCCGAAGCCUGGAUGAGUGAACAAGAGUUAUACAUGAUGGUUGAAGACCGAGGAAAAGACGAACCAAGUGUUCAAAAUUUGAUGAAGAAACACGAAAGUCUAGAAAAUGCUGUUGAAGAUUAUGCAGCUACCGUUCGUCAACUAGGUGAAACUUCAAGGCAACUUGUUGCUGAAGGUCAUCCUCAAGCUGACCAAAUAGCUGUUCGACAAUCACAAGUGGAUAAACUUUACGCUGGUCUAAAAGAUUUAGCCAACGAACGUCAAUCCAAAUUGGACGAAGCAUUAUCUCUCUACUCUCUUAGUCGAGAGUUUGAUGAUGUUAUGCUUUAUCAAGAAAGGGAAGUUAUCGCAGGUUCUCAUGAAUUGGGACAAGAUUAUGACCUUGUUACAACACUUCGUGAACGUUUUAAGGUAUUCGCUCGUGACACUGAGUCCCUUGGUAAAGAGAGAGUAUCAACAGUUAAUAGUGCAGCUGAUUCAUUAAUCAAUGCUGGUCACUCAGAUUCGGCGCAGAUUGCUGAAUGGAAGGAUAGUUUGAAUGAAGCUUGGGAUGACCUUCAAGAAUUGAUUAAGACUCGAGAUUUACUACUUGCAGCUUCUUGGGAGAAAUUUAAAUUCUUCCAUGAUUGUAAAGAUGUUUUAACUCGAAUCCAGGAGAAAUAUAAUUCUAUGUCAGAUGAAUUGGGACGAGAUGCCCAAUCGGUAUCUAAUCUACAAAGGAAACAUGUUAACUUCGAAAAAGACCUGGCAACACUUCGAUCGGCUGUACAGGGUAUCCAAGAGGAAUCAGCUAAACUUCAAACUGCUUAUGCCGGUGAACAGGCUCGAGAUAUUGUUGGUAGGGAAGGUGAAGUAGUCAAUUCGUGGUACAAGUUGUUGAACAACUGUGAGGCUCGUAAACAGAAACUUGCCGAUACAGGUGAUCUCUUUAAAUUCUUUAACAUGGUUCGUGAUUUGAUCGCCUGGAUGGAAGAUGUAGUAAGACAAAUGAACACCUCGGAGAAACCUCGAGAUGUAUCUGGUGUUGAAUUACUUAUGAACAAUCACCAAAGCUUAAAAGCAGAGAUUGAUGCUCGAGAAGAUAAUUUCGCUACCUGUAUAGAAUUGGGUACAGAAUUGUUGAAACGUAAUCAUUAUGCCUCAGAAGAGAUUUCAGAUAAACUGUUAAUUCUAAACAAUCAAAGAGGUUCAAUGAUGCAAAGAUGGGAGGAAAGAUGGGAUCAUUUACAACUUAUCCUAGAAGUUUAUCAGUUCGCAAGAGAUGCAGCAGUGGCCGAAGCCUGGCUAAUCGCACAAGAACCAUACCUGUUAAGUCGUGAACUUGGACAUACGAUUGAUGAAGUUGAUCAACUCAUUAAGAAACAUGAAGCAUUUGAAAAAUCCGCAGCUGCCCAAGAGGAAAGAUUCGCAGCUCUUGUAAGACUGACCACCUUUGAAAUGCGUGAAUUAAAACGUAGAGAAGAAGAAGAAAUGGAAGAACGUAGGAGACAAGAAGAACUGGCGGAGUUAAUAGCACAGAAAACGCCUUCUCCCGAUGAACCUCCAUCCGAUCGACUUGAUGGUGAAGGAGAUGUUUCCGAUCGAAGUGCAGGACCACUUUCAGAAGCCUUAUCCGAAUUGGAAUCCAAAGAACGUGCCGGAACAUCGGCUGGUACAAGCGAUGAAGAUAUUGUUUUUGAAUCUAUUCUCAAUCGUAAACAUGUUUGGGAAUCAACAACCAAAAAAGCCUCCAAUAGAUCCUGGGAAAAGGGAACCUAUGUGGUACUCAGAGGCUCAUCUUUGUGCGUUUUCAAGGACCAAAAGCAUUUCAGACAAGAACCAGAUAGAUAUCUUCGUAACGAAAAGCCCGUAGAUCUCAAGCAAGCAAUCGCUGAAAUUCCUGCCGAUUAUACUAAACGAAAGAAUGUAUUUAGAUUAAAAUUACCUGAUGGUGGAGAAUAUCUUUAUGAAGCUGCCAAUUCUGAGGACUUGAAUUCUUGGAUCAACAAGAUUAAUCAAAGUGCUUCAGAACAGCAAACAUCACGAUCACAAACUCUACCCGCCGGUCGUGGAGCCCCUAAAGAUGAGCCUAAGAAGCGCGGAUUUUUCACUCUAAUCAAGAAAACAUAAUUGAUUAUUAUUAUGAUUAUUUUCACCUUCGUUCAUCUUUAACUAAAUUUCGUUCACCAUUUACCAACAAUUUAAUUCUAGCAUUCAAAAUUUUAUUCUAUUCUCCUUAUUCUCUCUCUCUUUGUCUAAUCUUCCCGCUCUAAUCCUGAGACCCAAAUGCAAAUAAUUCAUUACUAACAUGGGGACAAGAAAUCAAGAAAACUUUUAUUCCAUGACAAGUCUAAUCGUAAUGAUAAUAUACACCCAACCUCCCACCAAAUCAUUUCCCUUUCACCCACCAACCAGUUGAUUCUCCUGAAAGACACUGAGGAGACAAGAAAUAUAAUUAUUUCCCUCUAUUACAAGUCAAAAGUUAUUAAAAUAAAAUAUAUGCACUUUAAA